CAUCAGCCCGCGCCGCCAUAUUGAGCCGCCGCCGCCGCCGCCAGCGCGGCCGCCCCGGGACCGGCCCGCUCCCCAUGACUGCCCCCGGCCGGGGCGCGUAGGGCGGAGCGGCUCCAGCCCGGCCCGUCCCCUCCCCGAGCCGCCGCCGAGCCCCGCUCGCUCCCCGCCGCCAUGACUUCCCUGACCCAGCGCAGCUCCGGGCUGGUGCAGCGCCGGACCGAGGCCUCCCGCAGCGCCGCCGCCGCCGAUAAGGAGCGGGGCGCCGGCGGCGGCCCCGAGGAUGAAGGGCGUCGGGACGACUCUGGCGACGACGAGAAGGGCGAUUCCAAGGAAACGCGGCUCACCCUCAUGGAGGAGGUGCUGCUGCUGGGCCUCAAGGACCGUGAGGGUUACACAUCGUUCUGGAAUGAUUGCAUCUCCUCAGGAUUGCGUGGUUGUAUGUUAAUUGAAUUGGCAUUGCGGGGGCGUCUCCAGCUGGAGGCCUGUGGAAUGCGGCGCAAAAGUCUGCUAACAAGAAAGGUGAUUUGCAAGUCAGAUGCUCCUACAGGGGAUGUUCUUCUUGAUGAAGCUCUGAAACACAUAAAAGAGACCCAGCCUCCUGAAACAGUACAAAAUUGGAUUGAACUGCUUAGUGGUGAAACAUGGAACCCACUGAAGUUGCACUACCAACUACGAAAUGUCCGUGAGCGGUUAGCUAAAAAUCUAGUGGAAAAAGGUGUACUGACAACAGAGAAACAGAACUUCCUGCUUUUUGACAUGACUACACACCCUCUCACCAACAACAACAUCAAACAGCGCCUCAUCAAGAAGGUUCAGGAGGCAGUUCUUGACAAGUGGGUGAACGACCCCCACCGCAUGGACAAGCGCUUGCUGGCGCUCGUGUACUUAGCCCACGCCUCAGAUGUCCUGGAGAACGCUUUUGCCCCCCUCCUGGAUGAGCAGUAUGAUUUAGCCACAAAGAGAGUGCGGCAGCUCCUGGAUUUAGACCCUGAGGUUGAAUGUAUGAAAACCAACACCAAUGAGGUUCUGUGGGCUGUCGUAGCAGCUUUCACAAAGUAACUGCAUUCAGACUGAAGUGUUCUCUAUUCUUUCAUGUAAACCAGUUUUUUCUCUGUUAUUGACUAUUCAUGUUUUCUGUAAUUUGUACCUUCUCACAUGAUGAAUUGGUUUUUGUUUAAUGGGAAUUAUAAGUGGUGUAUUCCCUACUUCUCUAUCUGUGUACAGGAUUUUGCUGGUACAAGAGACUUUCCUGUUUAAAACAACAGAAGAAGGGUGAACUGCCAUAUUGGCAUUCCAUUUCCUAUUCAGUUUGAGUUACCUUAAAUACUUUGUUUAAUUUUUCACCUCAUUGUUAUUGAAGUGGUUUGUCACCAAAGCUCCAUGUUAAAGUGUCUGUCAGGACAUUUUAUACACAGAUAUUUUCAAUAACAUAUAACAAAAUUACUUAUAAAGCAGAAAUGCCAUUAAGCAGCUUUGUCAAUAGUUCCUGUAAAAUGACCCAUAAAUUUUAAUUUUCAUGCAGGUCUCUUGUGUACUUAUAUUUUCAUUAGAAUGAUAACUGAGUCAUAAGGCUAGUAUAGAAAGGUCCAAUUGUUUCAUAAACCUGUUUUGGGAGGGGAUACAUUCCAUUAUAUUGUGUAUAUAUAGUUCAGAUUGUAUAUUAACAACUGCCCCAUCUUAGUAUUUUGCAAGAUCUACUUACUUGUACACCUGGUGCCCCUUAUUUGCUGUCAGCCAUUGCCAUCUGAUGCAAAGAAAGGCCUCCUGCAGAGGUCCUGUGUGUGAAAGCUGUUCGUUCCCAGAGUAUCUGGAGUUUGCCAUCCAGGUAUUCUCAGUCUAUGCAUUGCCUUUGAAAAUUAGUGAAUGGAAAGAGACUGCUUUCUAUCAUUGGUACGUUUUUCUUUCCCUCACUUCUGUAUGGAAAAGACUCAUGACCAGUACAAUUGUUGAGUGCAGUUUUUGGUUUUGUACACAAAUUAGUGUUUGUCUCUUAAACCUUGAACUGUUUUACACUUCAAAAACAAAAAGUCAGUCCUAGCAGGUGUUGCAUGUAAAUGGUUAGCAAGUAAUGGCAGCAGUUCAGAGAAUUCAGAUUUCUGUAAUGGGAUGCUCUGCUAUAUUUUAAUUUUUAUAUAUACAAUUAUGCUGAUUAGCACACUAUUGUAAAAAAACCCAAAACCUAUAUAAAACCCUGGCUUUUUAAAAUUUAUUGCCUCUUUGCCGCUGCUUGUUAUUUCCCAUUGGUUUCACAGUGUAAAUAUUAUGCAUUGAAAAAAUUAAGUAUUGAUUUCUAUACUUUUUUCAUCAUACCAAUGCAGAUUUAUAGUGGGGCUUACAGGUGUUUAGAAACCUUUUGGUUAAUAUUCAGACCAAGAAUACUAGAUGGUGUAUAACUGUAGAGUUGAAAUUUAAGAGAUCCCUUAAUCUGUAUACUAGCUUUUUACCUACGGUAAAUAAACUAUGAUCUUGAAAGUGCCUGAAACAGAGUAAGCAUGUCACUUAUACUUUUUUGUUGCUAAUUAGAAAGGUUUUAUUGCCUAACUGAAAGCUUUAGUUUAUAUCCUUCUUAUUAGAAAGGAAGAAUUUGUAUUAUGUAGUUCAAACUGACUUAAUCAGUGGUGUUGCUGAGAUCUGCAGGAUUCAUGGCUGGGACAGGCUGAAUUAAUUUGGGGAGUGUGCAACUGUGCCUGCCCUAGGUAGACCUCUUCAGUCUUGAGCACAGUUCUACAGCCUCAUCUGUGACUGGACUUCCAAUUUUGCACUUAAUUUUCAAUCACUGAGAUGCUUAAGUAGACUUUAAAAUACAACUUAAAUUCAUCAUACCUCUAUAACCUUUUUUAAGAAAGGUUUUUAAAAAUACGAUCCUUGACAUUUAAUGACAGACUGUUCUUUCAGUUCUUAAUGCUAUUUCUUUAGAAAAAUGAAAUUAAAAGUAUAUUGUAAAGUAUUUCAAACUCUGGUUUACAAAUAAAAAGACAAACAGUGUUCUCUCACUUGUAAAA